AUGGUGUUACGGGGUUUGCGGCUGCGGGGGGAAUCCCCCGGUUGUGUUUCUCCCUUUUUGCCGUUUGUUUCUUCUCGCAUUCUUUGUACCGCUCGUUUGUGUUUCUCUCGCGGCCUAGCUGUAGGAACAUUUGAACGUUUAAAGCCGCAUUUAAAUAUCGGAACGAUCGGCCAUGUUGAUCAUGGGAAGACGACGCUAACAGCGGCCAUAACGAAGGUUUUAGCUACAGACGGUCGUACAGAGUUUAAAUCAUAUGCAGAUAUAGACAAAAGCCCUGAAGAAAGAAGAAGAGGAAUUACUAUCAAUGCUACCCAUGUGGAAUAUGAAACAAACAACAGACAUUACGGUCAUGUUGACUGCCCUGGGCAUGCAGAUUAUAUUAAAAAUAUGAUUACUGGUGCUGCACAAAUGGAUGGAGCUAUCCUCGUUGUUUCUGCUUAUGAUGGAGCUAUGCCGCAAACUAGAGAGCAUAUCCUCCUUUCUAAACAGGUUGGGGUGCCUCGUUUGGUGGUAUUUCUGAACAAGAUGGAUAUGACAGAAGAUAUGGAGUUGGUGGAGUUGGUGGAGAUGGAGGUGCGAGAUCUUCUUUCUCUUUAUGGAUUCCCUGGAGAAGAAACUCCUAUUGUUAGGGGUUCAGCGCUGAAGGCACUCAACGGAGAAGAAGGCGAAUACGGAGUCAACGCAAUACGCGCACUUAUGCAGGCUUGCGAUUCAUUUAUUCCUGAGCCGGAGAGAAAAGCAGAUCUGCCGUUGGUGUUGCCAGUAGAACAAGUGCUUUCUAUACCGGGCAAAGGGACGGUAUUGACAGGGCGUUUAGAACAGGGGACACUUAAAGGUGGAGAGACAGUGGAAAUCGUCGGUCUAAACCCUAAACCCCUCAAAGCGCAAAUUGCUGCUCUCGAAAUGUUCAGAAAAACACUCGAUGAGGCGAGAGCUGGAGACCAGGUAUUUAAAAAGUUUUCUGCAAAUGUUUAUGUCUUAAAGGAAGAAGAAGGAGGGAGAAAGAAACCCUUCUUCACUUAUUAUCGGCCUCAGGCAUUCAUUAGGACAGGAGAUAUGGCCUGCACCAUUACUUUACCAGAAGGAAAAGAGAUGGCUAUGCCAGGAGACCAACUCGAAGUAGAAGUGGAGCUGCUGCACCCUCUUCCUCUCGAGCAGGGUCUGCGCUUUGCUCUGAGAGAAGGAGGGAAGACUGUCGCCUCAGGCGUCGUCACCAAGACCAUCAGCUGA